CAUGGAUAAACUAAAUAAAUCACUUGAAUUUUUAAAAUUACUUUCAACAACAGCGUCAGAAACAUUAAUAAUCAAGUAAAUAAUUGGAUCUUUUUCUGUUUUUCAUUUUGUUUCUAUCUCUUAUAGAAUGCUUUUCUCAUCUAGAGAUAACAAGGAAAUUAUUUUAAAUUAAUUAAAGCUAGCGUGGACACAUUAUUUACAACAUGUGAUGAAAAUGAUUAUAAUGUACAAUUGACUGCUGAAGAAAAUCUUAAUAAAUUUGUUAAAGCAUUAUAAAAGAAAUUGUUUUUUUUGUAUAAUUUUGUAUGAAUUAUAAAAUAGAAUUUAAAAGAAGCAGAUUUAACAAGAAUUCCGGUUGAAUUAUAUCGAACUAUAAAACAUAAUCCUAAUGUUGGGCCAAAUGCUUUAAAAGGUGUUGUGGUGAUUUGCCGAAUUAGCAAAUGUAAUACAUUCCAAAAAGAUUCAACCAUUUUAUCAGAAUAUUAUGAACUUAUUUUUCGUAGUCUUGGUCGACCGAUUAAUGAUAAAGAAAUUAAAGUAAUUAAAACAAAAAUCUUUGUCAUCUAA